AAUGCAUCUACUUCCCCCUUAUCUCAGUGAUAAAGCAAUGACCUCUGACCUCAGGCAGCUCAGCACAGAACCAAACUUGCUGGAGGAGACUGAAGACCUUCAUCAGCAUUCUCAUGAACCAGUAGAUGAUGUUCUGCAGAGAGUCAAAGAUCAACACAAAACCAUCAUGAAGAACAAGUAUGAGAGUUUAUUUGAGGGAAUCAAACAACGAGAGAAUCAAACUCACCUGAAGAGGAUUUACACACAACUGUACAUCAUAGAGGGAGAGAGUGAAGGAGUGAAUGAAGAACAUGAAGUUUUACACAUGGAGAAAAACACCAGAACACAACACUUACAAGACACAACAAUCUACUGCAAUGACAUCUUUAAACGCUUACCUGAACCAGAAUAUAAAACAGAGAAAAGAAGAGAGAGGAAAGACAAAAUCAAGAGCGUUCUUACUAAAGGCAUCGCUGGAAUUGGAAAAACCGUCUCCGUACAGAAGUUCAUUCUGGAUUGGGCAGAGGGAACGGCCAAUCAGGAUGUAGAUUUCAUGUUUGUGCUUCCGUUUCGAGAGCUGAACUUGAUUCAUGAUCAUCAGUACAGUCUUCACAAACUUCUGCUUGACUUUCAUCCAGAACUUCAAGAUCUGGACUCAAAGAUUUAUGAUGAGUGUAAAGUUGUGUUCAUCUUUGAUGGUCUGGAUGAAAACAGAAUGACACUGAUGUUUUCAGACGCUGAGAAAGUUUCUGAGGUGACUGAGACUUCAUCAGUGCCUGUGUUGAUAUCAAACCUCAUGAAAGGAGAUCUGCUUCCCUCUGCCCUCAUCUGGAUCACCUCCAGACCAGCAGCAGCCAAUCAGAUCCCUUCAAAAUACAUCAACCGUUUGACAGAAAUCCAGGGAUUCAAUGACGAUCAGAAGGAGGAAUAUUUCAGGAAGAGAAUCAGUGAUGAACAUCAAGCCAGCAGAAUCAUCUCACACGUCAGAAGAUCAAGAAGUCUCCACAUCAUGUGUCACAUACCAGUCUUCUGUUGGAUCUCAUCCACUGUGCUUCAAAACAUCCUGAAACAAGACAAUGAGAGAGCAGAAAUCCCUAAAACUCUGACUGAAAUGUACAUCCACUUCCUGCUGAUUCAGAUGAAUAUGAAGAAUGAGAAGUAUGAUGAGAGAGAUCCAGAGAAACUCCUGCAGUCCAACAGAGAAGUGAUUGUCAAACUGUCUGAACUGGCUUUCAAACAGCUGAUGAAGGGUAAUGUGAUGUUUUAUGAGGAGGAGCUGAAAGAGUCUGGCAUAGACAUCACUGACGCCUCAGUGUAUUCUGGGAUUUGUACUGAGAUCUUUAAGGAGGAAUCUGUGAUGCAUCAGAGGAAAAUCUACUGCUUCAUACAUCUCAGCUUUCAGGAGUUUCUGGCUGCUCUUUAUGUAUUUCACUAUCAUGUGAGUACAACAAUGGAGACACUGAAACAUUUUGCUUCGGUACAGAAUUUGCUUAAAGGUGCAGUAGAUAAAGCUCUCGAGAGUGAAACUGGAGAUCUGGAUCUUUUUUUGCGAUUUCUGCUGGGCAUCUCACUGGAGUCCAAUCAGAGACUCUUACAGGAUCUACUGACACACACGGUGGACACCUCAGAAACCAUCAAUAAAACCACACAAUACAUUAAAGAUAAAAUUAAACUUGAUCUUCUCUCCACUGAAAGAUCCAUCAAUUUGUUUCUGUGUCUUCUUGAAGUGAAUGAUCAGACUCUGUACAGAGAGAUUGAGGAGUUUGUGAGAUCAGACAAACACUCAGAGAAGAAACUCUCUGCUGCUCACUGUUCAGCAAUAGCCUACAUGCUUCAGAUGUCAGAGGAGGUGCUGGAUGAACUGAAUCUGAAGAAAUACAACACAACACAGGAGGGGAGAAGAAGACUCAUACCAGCUGUCAGCAACUGCACAAGAGCUAUACUUGCUGACUGUGAUCUCACAGUUGAAAGCUGUAAAAGUGUGGCUUCAUGUCUUCAAUCCUCAAACUCACCUGUGAGAGAUCUGGAUGUGAGUAACAAUGAUCUGCAGGAUUCAGGAGUGAAGCUCAUCUCUGAUGCUCUCAAGAGUCCAGACUGUAAACUACACACAUUGAGAUUAUCAGGUUGUAUGGUGACAGAUGAAGGUUGUUGUUAUUUGGCUUCAGCUCUGAGUUCAAACCCAUCAUCACACCUGAGAGAGCUGGAUCUGAGCUACAAUCACCCACAACACUCAGGACGACAGAUGCUUUCUCAGAGAAUCAAUGAUACGAACUGCACACUCAAGAAACUUAAUUUGAAUUAUGGAGGAGGGUUCAGAAUUACAGCAGGACCACGCAAAUAUGCCUGUGAUCUCACACUGGAUCCAAACACAGCAAACCCUCAUUUCAUAUUGUCUGAGGACAACAAAAAGGUCACACAUGUGGCAGAUCCUCAGCCGUAUCCUGAUCAUCCAGAAAGAUUUAAAGGUGUUCGGCAGGUUCUGUGUAAAGAGAGUCUGACUGAACGCUGUUACUGGGAAGUUAAAUGGGAUAAAUGGACUCGUAUAGCAGUGACGUAUAAAGAAAUCAACAGUAAAGCAGUGAAUAAUUUGUUUGGGCUUGAUGAUAAGUCCUGGUGUCUUUUGUGUACUGAUGGAGGAUUUACCAUCUGGCACAAUAAUAAGAAAACAGACAUUCCUCAUCCUUCACCUCCAUCUAAUAUAGUAGGAGUUUAUCUGGACUGUUCAGGGGGUACUCUGUCCUUCUACAGCAUCUCUGAUAAACUAACACUCACACACUUACACACAGUCAACACAACAUUCACACAACCUUUAUAUGCUGGAUUUGAUGUUUAUCACGAAGCAUCUCUGUGUCAGAUUUAACGUCAUGUGAGCAAUCAUUCAGAGCAAACAGCUUAGCAAAUAGUAACAAAAACAUUCAGAACAAAAAUAUUGUAAAUAAACGAGGCCUCUUUUUUCAGCUUUUUUCUUGAUUUGGUGCAUUGUGUUAUAGACCAUUAGGACUUUCAUAGUCAGCUGUGUAAGGUGAUGCGAAACCCUGACAAAAGCUAUUUCUUAGACCAGCAGCAAAUGGCUGAAACCACAGGGAACUGUUUUCUAAUUCCUGUUGAAUUAUCAUAUGAAAACUUUUUCAAAGAAUUCACAUCUACCCCCAAGACAGCUACCCCAUGGUGUGGGGACAGAAGAGUCACACCCUACCACACUUUCUCGUUCCCCUCUCCUCAUGUUAUAAAAGCAAAUUGUAUAUGGAAUGCUACAUUCUACAUGCACAAAGAAUCUGAAACUGGUUUUAUUUGGUUUCAUAUAAAGUGUUUUUAUGUAAGUGGUAGAUUUGGGUUUAUUAAUAUGACAACAGAAUUCAAAGUUAAUCUGCAACAAUAAAAGUAAGCAAACUUAACCUAAUGUUGGAAGACACCUCCUACCUUAGACAUGUUGACCAAUUACCCACUGUAUGUAUAUUAGGCAACACCCCUGGGCUUACAAGAACCAAUCAGUAUAUCAUUAUCACAAUGCUUUGUUCUUUGGAUAUUUAAGGAAAAUGGUAAAAGAUUCAGGUGAGAUUUUCUAAAUCUAGAAAUGAUGCUGUCCUGGCACAGCAUCAUGUAUUUUUAUUUCUUUUUGAGAAAUCUGUAACCAGAUUUUCAUCCUUACCAGGUACUGUACGCAAUGGUUUUUCGUUUGAUUGUUUUGUAUUUGAAUUGGAAUGUAAAUUGGCUUCUGAAUUAUGUUUUCCUACCUGCUUAAUAAAUUAUGUUUGUAUU